CCUCCGUGCCCAGCCGGGGGCUGCCCGCCGCGGUGAGGGGGCGCCGCCUAGGAGGGUCCCCCGCGCCCCGCGGGCCCCGGCAGGAUGCACGCCGCCCUGGCGGGGACGCUGCUCGCCGCCCUCCUCGCCAGCGCCCGCGCCCGCCCGCAGCCCCCGGACGGAGGACAGUGCCGGCCGCCCGGAUCGCAGAGGGACCUGAACUCCUUCCUGUGGACCAUUCGGCGCGACCCCCCGGCCUACCUGUUUGGCACCAUCCACGUCCCCUACACCCGAGUCUGGGACUUCAUCCCGGACAACUCCAAGGCAGCCUUCCAGGCCAGCGCCCGCGUCUACUUUGAGCUGGACCUGACAGACCCCUACACCAUCUCGGCACUGGCCAGCUGCCAGCUGCUGCCGCACGGGGAGAACCUGCAGGAUGUGCUGCCCCGCGAGCUCUACUGGCGCCUGAAGCGCCACCUGGACUACGUGAAGCUGAUGAUGCCAUCGUGGAUGACACCUGCGCAGCGGGGCAAGGGGCUCUAUGCCGACUACCUGUUCAACGCCAUCGCUGGCAACUGGGAGCGCAAGAGGCCGGUGUGGGUGAUGCUCAUGGUGAACUCUCUCACGGAGACGGAUGUGCGCUCCCGGGGUGUGCCCGUGCUUGACCUCUACCUGGCCCAGCAGGCCGAGAAGAUGAAGAAGAGCACCGGGGCCGUGGAGCGCGUGGAGGAGCAGUGCCAUCCGCUCAAUGGGCUCAACUUCUCCCAGGUGCUCUUUGCCCUGAACCAGACGCUGCUGCAGCACGAGAGCGUGCGGGCCGGGAGCCUGCAGGCGCCCUACACCACCGAGGACCUCGUCAAGCACUACAACUGCGGCGACCUCAACGCCGUCAUCUUCAACCACGACACGUCCCAGCUUCCCAACUUUAUCAACACCACCCUCCCGCCGCACGAGCAGGUCACGGCCCAGGAGAUCGACAGCUACUUCCGCCAGGAGCUCAUCUACAAAAGAAAUGAACGGAUGGGGAAGAGGGUCAUGACGCUUCUGCAGGAGAACGAGGACAAGAUCUGCUUCUUUGCCUUCGGAGCAGGUCACUUUCUGGGGAACAACACAGUCAUCGAUGUCCUUCGGCAGGCAGGGCUGGAGGUGGAGCACACACCCGCGGGGCAGACCAUCCACAGCCCUGUCGCCCAGAGCCCAGCCGCUCCACCCGAGGGGACCUCGGCGAGCCCCGCCCCAGCGACCCCAGCUGCUGCCGUCCCCGCGGCCCCCUCGGCAGCCCCCACUGCGCUGCCUGAGGAGGAGGACCCAGCCCUGUCCCCACACCUCCUGCUCCCCGACAGCCUCAGCCAGCUGGAGGAGUUUGGGCGGCAGAAGAAGUGGCAGAAGAGGCAGAACAAACACCAGCGGCCGCGGCAGUUCAAUGACCUCUGGGUCCGCAUCGAGGACAGCACCACCGCCUCGCCACCCCCGCUGCCCUUCCAGACCACGCACAGCUCUGGGACUGCCAAGCCCCCCUUCCAGCUCUGCGACCCGCUCCAGCAGCAGGAAGAGCUGGGUCCGGCCAGCAGCUCAGCACCCAGCCGCUCACAGCCCGCCCUGGGCCUCCUCCCCGCCGUCGCUGCCAGCAUCACAGCCCCUUUCCUGCUGCACAUCCUUGGGGCCUCCUGACCUUGGCCCCCCGCCUGCCCAGUGCAGAGAAAGAAGCCAGAGAAACCAAUGGGAGGGUCUGCGGCCACACCCACUGCCCCUGCCACCACCUCCAGGGGUGCCUGACACCGCACGGGCAGUCCAGACAGGAUCCGUUAGAACACUAGAGCUUUAUUGUACCUGAGUUACAUCUUCUUUUUUGUAGAAGGAUCUUAAUUUCCCAUAGUGCUAUGGGGCUUUUUUGUAAAAUACGUGUCCAUAUUAAAAAAAGAAAAAUGUAUUUAUUCUACCGAUAAAACUAUUUUUAUGUGGCCAAUGUUGAUAACCCCGUAACUAGCCCCUUUGCCAACCCAGGAGGUGAACCCAGGUUGCCAGGACAUCUGGGACCUCAUGGUGACCGUGGCUUUGAACUGGCUGGCUCCUGGAU